AAAGGAAGGGAAUUGUUAUUAGGCCAAUUACAGUUCCCAAAAAAAAGACUUGGGUCUUCGCCGUUUCAGUUUUCUUCUUCCGAAUUGGGGAUAAAUUGAGUUUUCGCCAUUUCGUAUCCAGUUCCACAUCUUUACAGUAUCGAUCGAUCGAGAGAGAAGGAAUGGGAGUGCUGUCGAACAAGAUUGAGAGGGAUCUUCUGAAACCUGGAGAUCACAUCUAUUCAUGGCGCCACGCGUACCUCUAUUCCCACCACGGGAUAUACGUUGGUGAAGGAAAGGUUAUUCACUUCACUCGAGGAGCUGGCCAGGAAACUGGCACCGGAACUGUGUUAGAUCGCUUCCUUCUAAGCAGCUCUCCAUCCCAUUCUUCGGACAAUCCCUGCCCAAACUGCGGAGACCAAUCGACACUUGAUGGUGUCAUCUCUUCUUGCAUAGAUUGUUUUCUAUCAGGUGGUGAUCUUUACCUCUUUGAAUAUGGUGUCAAUCCAGUUUUCUUUAUUGCCAAACCUAGAGGGGGUACCUGUACCCUUGCCCGGUCUGACCCACCCGAAGAUGUCCUUCAUCGCGCUUCUUUCCUUCUGCAGAAUGGUUUUGGUAGUUAUGACAUUUUCAAAAACAACUGUGAAGACUUUGCUAUAUAUUGCAAAACAGGUUUGCUUGUGUUCACUAGCAUUAGUGUGGGCAGGAGUGGACAGGCAGCCUCCAUUGUAGCUGCCGCAACAGCUGUUGUUUCUUCACCGCUUCGCUUUUUGACUACCAGUUUUACUGGUCUGGGUGUUGUAGGCUGUGGCAUGUAUUGCAUUAGUAGAUUUGUUUCUGAUAUCGGAAUACGCCGAGAUGUUAAGAAAGUACCGGUGGAGAGACUGAUUACCCCCUGUGCCCUAGACGAGUCAGUGGUUGCAACUGAAGUGCUCAAGAAAGAAUAAUUUGUGUGCAUAAACCGAAUUCGUAUGGCUUCAAAAGUCGAAUAUUUUGGUUGUAUUAUACAUUGAUUGUUGAGUGUUGGUAUUAGUAGUUUAUAAUUGCUUGUAUUUUUCGCGGUUGUGACGAUAACGGUGAAUGAUAUAUUCAUUCGUUGGUUUAUGUAUUUUGCUUUGAUUUGUUCA